AUGUUGCGCAUACCAAUCUGGGCGUCAGCCGUCCUUUUCUUCCUUGCCGGCCCAUCCCAAGCUGGACACGCCGAUUUCCAUAGUUAUACUUCUGGGUUCAGCCGUCAUCAUGGAGGAGGCCACCAAAGAUUCCAUCGGUCCGUCCCUGCACUGGAAGCCCAUGGGGUGUCCUAUAUUGAAAAGAGAGAUGGCCAAUGUCAGUUCCCCACGGAUGCUGGACUGGUGGCUGUUACCCCAAAGGCGAUGAAUGCUGGAUGGGCUAUGAGUCCCGACCAGCCCUGCAAGCCUGAUAGCUAUUGUCCCUAUGCUUGCCCCCCCGGCCAAGUUAUGGCACAAUGGGACCCAAAGGCGACUGCUUACACCUAUCCCGCUUCAAUGAAUGGUGGUCUUUACUGUGAUAAAAGUGGAAAGAUUAGCAAGCCGUUCCCCGAGAAGCCGUACUGCGUUGAUGCCACGGGCCCUGUUAAAGUCAAGAACAGCUGUGGAGGAGUGGUUUCUUUCUGCCAAACUGUCCUUCCAGGAAAUGAGGCUAUGUUAAUCCCUACCAGCGUGCAGGAUACCGCAGAUCUCGCAGUUCCCGAUCCGUCCUACUGGUGCUCAACUGCUGCUCACUACUAUAUCAACCCUCCAGGUACUGACACUGAUACUGCCUGUGUAUGGGGAACUAAUGCCAACCCAUGGGGUAACUGGUCUCCGUAUGUCAGUGGUGCAAACACCGAUCAUAGUGGGCAGACCUUCCUGAAGCUGGGCUGGAACCCCAUCUAUCUGGAAACGACAACUCCCUUCAGGGAUGAGAGCCCAAAGUUCGGUGUCAAGGUUGAAUGCGAGGGAUGCAAUGGGCUCCCUUGUGAAAUCGACCCAGCCAAGAACAAGGUCAAUGAAAUCACUGGCAGUGGUACUGAUGGUGCAGGUGGUGCUGCCUUCUGCGUCGUUACUGUUCCCAAGGGUACCCAGGCCACUAUUGUCGUCUUCGAAGGGGGUAACAGUGGUGGCUCCGGUGAUUACGGACAUGGUGAUAAAGAUGAGAAGCCAAAGGAUGACGACAAGAAAGAACCCAAGCCAUCUUCAAGCUCUUCCUCGCCCGCGCCGUCGUCCACUCCUUCAAGCUCGUCCUCUACGCAAUCGCCGACCCCUACCUCUACAUCCGCCUCGUCCAGCUCCGAAAGCACUCCGACGCCAACGAGCUCUUAUCCGAGUAAGUCUAGCUCUACCACGUCAUCGUCUGCGACUGCGGCUUACUCCACCACCUCGAAAUCUCCAGACGCCUACAUCCCAUCGCCUCACGUAUUUAUUGAGAGCCCUAGCUCUUCCGUUCACCAUCCCACCAAUGGCUCCUCAAUCAACAUGCCAACGCCUACCAACUCCGAAAAAGCGCCUGCUCCAACUCAUAAUAACGCUGCUUCGGCUGCCGCAAUCUCCAUUAUGAGUCUCACGCUUAGCUUCCUGAUCGUCACGAUAUUCGUGAACUUUUAA